AUGGGAAGAAACUGCAAUCUGGAGCUCCGGCUGGUUCCGCCGUCCUCUUCUUCUCAUGAUCAACUCACGGCGCCGGCGGCCAUGAUCAUGACCGAUUUGUUAAGAGAAGAAGGCGGCGGCGGCGGCGGCGGCGAGAUGUCGCCGGAGAGACAACAGAUAACCAUCUUCUACAACGGAAAGAUCAGCGUUUGUGAAGUGACAGAGCAUCAGGCAAGAGCUAUUAUUAUGCUUGCUGGUGGUGGUGGCGCGAGAGAGAUGACGAGUCCUACCGAUGAUCCUCCUCCUCCUCCUCUUAAAAGAUCUCUUCAACAGUUCCUGCAAAACAGAUCUAAAAGACAUAAGAAUCUAUAA